AUGUAUCAGAGUUUAGCCCUAGCCCCCAACCAUGGGCAAUCGGCUUAUUCCCACGACUCCAGCAAUUUCCUGCACUCGUCGGCCAGCUCCCCGGUGUACGUGCCCACCACCCGGGUGCCCUCCAUGCUGCAGACCCUGCCUUAUCUGCAAGGCUGCGAGACAGCCCACCAGAGCCACCCCCUGGGCAACCACCCGGGCUGGGCGCAGACCGGCGGCGAGGCAUCGGCCUUCAACCCGAGCAGCCCUCAUCCGUCUUCGGGCUUCCCCUACUCGCACAGUCCGCCCGUCAGCAACAACGCCGGCCGGGAGGGAGCCUACCAGAGCCCGCUGCUCCUGGGCAGCGGGGCCAGGGAGCAGUACGGCAAUGCCUUGGUGCGCUCGGUCAAUGGAUCCUACUCCAGCCCCUACCCUGCCUACGUGAGCCCGGAGAUGCCUCCCUCCUGGACCGCGGGACACUUUGAAAGCAGCGUCCUGCACAGUCUCCAGACGAGGCAGGCUGCCUUGCCGGGCAGGAGAUCCACUUUCGUUUCAGAGUACUUGGAAGAAUUCCCCGGGGAUGGCCGAGAGUGUGUGAACUGCGGGGCGAUGUCCACCCCGCUCUGGAGAAAGGAUGGCACCGGGCACUAUCUGUGCAACGCCUGCGGUCUCUAUCACAAAAUGAAUGGCAUCAACCGACCGCUCAUCAAGCCACAGAAGAGGCUGUCUUCAUCGAGACGCGCUGGCCUUUGUUGCACUAACUGUCACACAACUAAUACUACCCUCUGGAGACGGAAUGCAGAAGGAGAGCCAGUCUGCAAUGCCUGUGGAUUAUACAUGAAACUCCAUGGGGUGCCACGACCUCUGGCAAUGAAAAAGGAAAGCAUCCAGACAAGGAAAAGGAAGCCUAAAAACAUUACCAAAGGCAAAACCUCAACAGGGUCUACAACUUCAGCCACUAACUCCCCUUCUUCCAUUACAAACUCGGACAGCACCGUCACUUUAAAAACCGAACCCAAUGUGACAUCACAGUACCCAGGACAAACCAUAGUGUCAGUCUCCCAGGCUCAAAGCCAGUCGGAUGACACACUGGCCAGCGGCCAUUCUGAGUUCAAAUUUGAACCUGAGGAUUACGCCUUCACUUCUGCUACCAUGACUCAACAGUCAGGACUAAGCAUUCCCCUCCGUCAGGACUCUUGGUGUGCACUGGCAUUGGCCUAGAAAGAAGGCUUCCAAUAAAACACUCUGGACCAACCUUUCUACCUUCCCAACUAACGGAUAAGAGGCAAAAGAAAUGGCUGCCUUCGAGCUUUGGGACUGAAAGGUUUCAAGUAGUCCAUAUAUGAUUCUGUGUUCAAAGACAGAUUUCUCUCAGAGGCUGGAAGUGAAAGCUUAGAAAAUGUUGGCUAUACUUGGCCAAGUUCAUUCUUCCUGACUGAUUUGUUCUGUGGUACUCACGCCUCUAAAAGCUUUCACUCUGCAGAACUGAACUGGAGACGCCUCCCCAAAGCAAAAGAAAAGGGGAUGUCUCUCUUUUCAUGAGGAAUCCUUUAUCUUCCUGAGAUGAAACAAAUAAAUACAUCCCAGAAUCUAUGUUUAUUCACGAUUAUUUCUCCCUUUUCUGACUCUUCUGUGUGCAAUUUCUUCCACUUUCCAAAAGACUGUGAUAAUAUAGCACCAAGUAACUUAAUUCUAUUAACACGUAAACUGUGUUGCCUUCCUUAUGUUUACUGGCCACAGCAGGAAAGGAAAAAAAGACCCUGUUGUUUUAAACGUAUGCUGUUUUAUAUUAAAAACAAUCAUCUCUAUAGAGCAUUCGCUUCUGAAGCAUUUAGUCUCUCAACACUGAUCCCAUGAGUCAUUCAUGACAUAAACACGCUGCUCUUCCAGUUCUAUAUCCAAAGAAAGAAUUUCUUUUUCUUUUUAGGCAAACCAUGUGACAAAAAUGGUCAAAAAAGAUUCCGAUAAUA